GCUCAAACUGCCGCUUUUCCUCUCAGUCUUGCGAAUUUCAGCUUGCCAACUGUAAAGAGGUUCUUCCGACGGCCCGUUGACGUCUUGACGGGAAGAUUUGAGAGGCUGGCGGGCACAAGAUCCGCGGGCAAUUGAGCACGUUUGCGCGCGAAUCUGGAACUUGACUCCCGUCUUUGUGACCGCUACAACGCCCUCUGUAACGCAAGCGUGGCAGGAGCGCCACAGGGCCCUGGAUGGAGCCAAGCCCAGACGUCAACCGCACAACGGAAGAGAUCAGCUCCAGGGGCACGCACACCUUUCUUGGCAAGAGUGACAAGAUGACAAGAUGCCGACCAAUCAUAGGAGGCAUUGAAAAGGCGAUGGACAAGUGGAAUCAACGACCGAGUCCACUCCUCCUUUCAUGGACCUUCCACUUGCACCCAUUGACGCAAUUCUUGCGUGAGCACCUUGACGGCCGCCCAUCGUGACACUCCGUCACGGUCAACCAUUUGUGACAUUGGUCUACUCGGCCCAUCGCACUGUCCAUCUUGUACGUAGGAUCAGACUCAAAAGGCAGGCGCGGGGUUGAAAAAUCGGACACAAUGGUCAAUCUAGGAAGCAUUUGGCAAAACCUUCUCGCCUCGCAAGCUCCUCUCCAGUCCAUGACAGGCAACGCAACCACCAUGGCCGGCCUCGCGACUUAUUCCCUUCCGCAGCUACCAUAUGCCUACAAUGCUCUGGAGCCCUACAUCUCAGCCCAGAUCAUGGAGCUUCACCACAGCAAGCACCAUCAGACUUACGUGACCAAUCUCAACAACGCCUUGAAAGUUCACGUCGCCGCCAUCGCCUCUAGCGAUAUCCCCGCCCAGAUCGCCCAGCAGCCCGCCAUCAAGUUCAACGGCGGCGGCCACAUCAAUCACUCGCUCUUCUGGAAGAACCUGGCCCCCGCUGAGACCCCAGAGACCAACUACUCGAAGGCGGCUCCUUCGCUGGCGGCCGAAAUUGAGAAGACAUGGGGUAGUUUUGACGAGUUCAAGAAGGCCUUCUCUGCUGCGCUCUUGGGCAUCCAGGGCAGUGGCUGGGGUUGGCUCGUUAAGGAGUCUACUGCCGAGAAGGGAAGGCUGCGUAUCAUUACUACCAAGGAUCAGGAUCCCGUCGUGGGCGGUGAGGUCCCUGUGUUCGGGGUGGACAUGUGGGAGCAUGCGUACUACCUCCAGUACCUAAACGGAAAGGCUGCGUAUGUUGAGAAUAUCUGGAAGGUGAUCAACUGGAAGACAGCCGAGGAGCGCUUCCAGGGUAGUCGUGAGGACGCUUUUGCGGACCUCAAGGCUUUGCUAUGACUGCGGUUAUGGUCAGCUUGAGGGAUCUAUCGCGUUUACUCGUCAAGGCUAGAAACGACCAGUUCUUACCCCCCUUUAAGGCGUUUCUAACCCGGACGAGUAUUUCCCUCGCGUUAACCAGCGUCUGAUGAAUACAAAUUGUUUCUUACCCUCACUCACUCACACACCCACUUGUUAUCCCCCGCCAUCGCUCGUCCAAUACCUAUUCACUCCGCAUGGGCUUGACGUCCAUGUCUUGGCUUUCUUUUUCAGUACGGUCCUGAACUUCCAGAACUCUGUCUUGUUGUACAUCUACCCCGCGGUUCCGUCUUGUCUGUGUCCUACAACCACCCGCCACCCCUUUGAAAACCUGAGCAACAGCGAUGCCAAGCAUACUCACCGUCCAGGGAGAGCUUACAUAGGUACGAUAGCAGAUAGCUGGAAGUUUCUGGUGCUUGCUAAUCUAUGUUGCCGUUUCGCGAAUUUCUAUCUCCUGCCCAUCUCGUUAUAUGUCAUCGGCCCCCCAAACAUGUCAUAUGCAGACUUCCACUGUGGCGAACGCCCUAGUAUGCAGGAUCUCUUGGACAGGAAUGGACCCCAAGAGAAACUCCCAGGAUGUCAAGGAGACCUGACUGUUUUCCUUCCCGCUCCGCAAAACGCAUCUGAUCGGGGCUGCAGGCUUGCGUUACCUGCACAACGGCAAGCUACGUCGCAUGAGCUGCAGGAACCUGAAGCUUCACUGACUAGCUAGGGGGUAAGCUCCUAACCUUUGCUCCGAAUGACCGAGACAGCAUCAUUCUAUUUACUUUUUUGCUUCCUUCCAUCGCAUCGACUACUGCUACAUAUUGCCCUCGGUUCUACAAAUCGACAAGCAUCACGGCUAUGAUUCAGGAGUAGGACAGCAACACCUCGUGCGUAUGAGACAUAUUCGUCCUAUCCCAUCAAAACGUAUCAUAGCAUCCGAGAACGGUAGCACUGGCCUGAGGUUUCCUGAAGGGAAAUGAGACACAAUUGCCAAUAUUUCACCAGACAACACACUGCCACCUGGCACAAUCCAGGAUUCAACAGUCAUUCUUUCAUGGCAUCCGACGGGAUGAAGCGGGUGCUCAUCUGGAGUAACCUACAAUCACACAGUCCCGUAUUGUUCAAUGUUUCCGUGACAAUCCAACGACUUUUGUGGAAGACCCAUUCAGAUACACAGACGACAAGCCGGGAACUUGGUUCAUGAUAACUUCCUAUUUCAUGUUGAGGUUUGGUCAUUGCCCCGCUGUCCUUGGCCACGCGCUUCACUCCAGUUAAGGGCCCGUGUAAAGGGUGAGUAAAAGUCUUUCGGUGGUUCACCUAGCAACAUUGCAACUGGAAGCAGGAUUACACGGUUAACCGGCACUCCGAAAGGGUUCCCUCUGUCCAGGGCAAUACAAAACAGAUGACGGGCUCGGAAAGCCGCAUGUGUUUUCCUCAAGAUAUGUUGUCUUCCCGGUACUACAUGUACUGCGGCCGGGGCGAAAGACUAUGACCAGGGGCUCAUAUGCUGUCCUUCUGAUGCCGGCAGCCGGAUGCUGAGCGAGUCAAUCAAUGGUACAAUGUCACGGGAAGACAGGAGUGAAAUACCUGAUAAAGAAUAU